AUGCAAGCUCAAAGUUUUUGGAAAAGGUGGAGUGGAGAAUAUCUUCCACAACUCCACAAAAGAGGUUGCUGGUUGUCAAAAAAGGACAAUGUUAAAGUCGGUUCAUUGGCUAUUUUAAAGGAAGACAAUACACCAUCUCUCAAGUGGAAAAUGGUCAGAAUUACCAAGGACCAUCCUGGAGAUGAUGGAAUCGUUCGUGUGGUCACUAUCACUAACUCAGAUAGCAGGGAGUUCCAGCGUCCAACAUCCAAAAUCACAGUGCUGCCCAGUGUCAAAGAGGAAGAUGAUGCAGCCUAA